AUGGCGGCAACCGUCGUGCUCACCUUUGGUGUCUAUGGGACACUGAAUGCUGUGUGGGGUCCUCCGAUGAGCAAUUUUGUCCCGAGCUUCGGCAUCCUUUCUUUGAACAUGGACUUUUUGUCCUUCUCCUGCGUGAUGGGUCGGAAGUCCUUCACUGCAGAGUACGUCGUGAAGCUGAUUGCUUUCCCGAUCCUCUGCCUGGUGGUCUUCGCAGGCUCCUUCCUGUUGCAGCACGUGCCGAAAGUGAAGCUGUAUGCCUCGUUCAAUUUCCCAGCGAUGCUCAACACUGCAGGAUUCCUGAUGUCGGCCGUGUUCGUCUCAGUUAGCUUAAUGAGCCUGGAGGGCUUUCGCUGCAAGACGAACCCGAAUGGCAAGGCUCUUCUGCAAGCCUUUGGUGCCAUGGUUUGCUGGGAGGGCGGCGAGCACGACGUGCUGAUCGCACUGAGCGCGGCCUUGGUGUGCAAGGGAUGGAGAGCUCAUGGGAUAUCGAGUUGUGAGCUGAUAGACUUUGCCGGUCGUAUCGUCGUUUCACCAAACAGCGUUGUGACACCAUAA